AAAAAAAAAAAAGAGUCGGAUUGUCAAACACUGAACGAGCAUAGCAAGCAAGAGAUGGUGAAAAGGUGUGUUUUGGGUUGUUAUCCCCACAAAACCUUGUUCCCUUUCCCCAAGCUACCGUGGUUGCGAGCCCGCUGGCUUGAAUUUUUGCAUUUUGAGGAAGGAGGAAUUUCGGAGAGCUCGCGUUUGUGUGCGAAGCAUUUCGCUCCAGAAUGCUUCACAAAUUUACAACAAUACGAAAUGGGCUUCGCUGACUUUCUUAGCUUGAUAGAUAUGGCUGUCCCGACAAUAUACACCGUUGGUCCGGUACCGAGUGUGAAGCCAAUGACACGAGAGGUAGGCUGCCAAUGUACAGCUCCGGUUCUAAAGAGUGUGGCGGUCCAAGCAAUACGCACCCCAAAAAAGCCAAAACGGAGAAGUAAAGCCAUUCAAGUGAGGCCUCUUGUGAGUCAUUGUGAAAGUGUGUCCGGCUCCGAUGAGGAUUUUUCAGUCAAAUCUGAAUCUUCAUUUACAUUAACACCAAAAAAAAGGCAACGUAUAGAGGAUUCCCCAGAAGGGUCACCGUACAGCUCAGAAGAACCAACAGAUGACACCCACGUGCCUAAAAUAAUUAAAGAAGAUGACAUAAAGCUUGAGCCCUGUGAGUCUUCGUACAUCGUCGUCACCAUCUGAAUCCUCCAUUUCGUCAUCUGCGGAGAACAGAAUCUGACCAGCACAGGAGGAAGAGGGCAAAGAGAAAGACGGUGUUCAAUGGAUCAUCUUUUUAAAAA